GCAUGUAUGUGAGAGAAAUCUGUGGUUUGUGGGGUGAGAGGCACAAGGGAUGAUUACCAAAUCAAAUACAAGUAACAUCUAAAAGGCCCCUCUAGCUUUGUUUCUGUUAAUCUAAUUGUACUGAAUUUGAACCCUGGUUCACUGACUCAGUUUCAUUGCGUGUAAUGUACACAAAAGUGUUAUUAUAUUCAGACAUUUUCAUAUUUCACAAGUAUAUUUUUUCAAAAUUAAUGACUAAAUUAAUGUAACAUAAAUGUCUGGAUAUAGGCUAGUCUAGCAUUAAUCAAUCAGCUGAAAUAACAGCUGUGAUGAGCACUCGAAAUCACCAUAAACUAAUGCUGAAGAUCCAACAGUUGAUAAGUCAUGACUGGAAUAUUAUUUUCACCACUAUAUAAGCUAACUGGAUAUGCUUUGCCUCUAUAUCUGUUACACUAGUCAGAGGCUCUUUCAGGGACUUCCUCUUUUUCACAUUUUUUAUGUGUUAAAUAAUUUGAUGACAAUGCCACAUUAGCAAAUAGCCUCCAUAAACGCACACAGUUUGCAGUAUUUUUUUUGCAAAGAAAUGGGGGAUAAAAUGUGCACGUCUAGUCUUUGAUGAAAUGAUACUAAUGUUCUGAACAUACAGCAGAGAAAUUAAAUGAAAGUAGGCUAUCGAUCACAUCACACAGGUAUUCAUCUAAUACCAAUAACAAUGAUGGUAUUCAUAGCAUUGAUCAUUUGUAUCAAUCUGCCCACCCCAAGUGAAAACUAAGCCAGCAAAUGGCAAAUUUCCCCCAUUAUGCUUAAGCGGCUACAGCAGUAAUUACUCAGAAUAGAGAUCUGUUCUGAUUAGUUAAUAUCAAGCUGAGCAGAGCAGAUGAUAGUUAUGUGUAAACCCAUUAAGUCUGAUAUUUAGGUAAGUAAAAUGUCUUAAAUGUGAAGUGAAGAUUCAUUCGUGGUAGUGUUAAACUUCGCUUCAGGGUUUUCAGGGCUUUGGGUGUGGCACCCCCCCCCCCCCCCCUCUGGAGAAAUUGGGGUGUUCUAAAACCUUUGACCAGUAGUGUAUCUGACAGAAAAUAAGCAACUGCAUAAUGUUUUCACUUGUGAAUAAUUUGUGUGGACACCGUUCCUACCUUAAGUGCACAACACAGGCUUGUAAAAGGGGGACCUUCCAGGGGCUUUAAGCGUAGAUGGCUCAUUAAAACAGAAAGUUUUGGGUUUUUUUUUAAAUCAAGACACUCACCUUCAACUUGUGUUUUGUCUCUGCCCAUUGAUGGCAAAUUUAGUAGCAUUGCUCUGUAUAGUCUGGUUGGUUUAGUUCUGUUUGAAUGCAGCUGCUUUUCUAUGCCAACUAUUCUCUGUAUGCGAGUGUUUUAUUAGUGACAUGUCUAGACAGGCAGAUCAUUUCGAUGAUUGCAGAGAGCAGGUUGGUGCUAGAGGACGACCUGUACAAGUUAUACAAGAUCUAUUCUAAAAUUUACUGUGGUAUUAAGACAGUCCACCUUAAAAAUAAUCUUGUUUUAUUGUCACAAGUAGUCAUGGAUUACUCAGUUGCUCUGCCCGAUUCUGCUCAGAUCAGCUGGUUGUUGAGUUUGUGGGUUUUAAAGCAUGUGUCUUACCAAGAGGGAAGUGGCCUCUGUUUGGCACGCUGUGUGACAUCAACAGUCAUAACAGAGUUGAAGGGUGUUUCCCCUGUCUCUUCUUUACUUUGAGUUUUCAUUCAUUAUAAGUUUGCGAUACUAUUAUAUCAGCAAAUGUCUAAUACUGGCUAAAAAAAUCAGUCUAGAGAUGUUCUCAUUAAAUGCAAGAUGUAUGUGAGGAAUAAGAAGAUCAUAGGUUAAAAUAUGAGGAAUCUUCUGAUUCCUCAAAUGGUUUAAUAAUAAUAUACCCUAAGCUUGUUCUUGUUAUAUGUAGCUGUUUGGCUGUCAUGAUGAAAUGGACUUAACAUUUGAACUGCCUUGAACAGAGAUUGGCUCCUCACAUUUUGUUGUGAGAGGUUUUUUCAAGUUUAAAGUUGGAAACAUGGAUACAUUUUCAGUUAUCAUAGAACCGCUGAGAAAGUCCAGAGGCUCAGGUUAGGAGGAACUGGCAAAGAUCGAUUUAAACGGAUCUACACCCAUAUGUAUGUUUUUGAUCAUGCCGCAUUAUAAGGGCAUUUUCUCUAAAUUGUUCGAUAAAGAGUCUCAGUGUAUUAAUAAGUAAUGGAAUGUGUUCAAACGUCACAUCUCAUAUAACUUUAACCUGCAUUGUGACAUGCUAAGUGAAUAAGGCAUCUGUGCUAUGUAGCUGGGUGUAGUAAUACACAAUGCGUUACACUGACGUUUCACCUGAGUAAAUACAACAGUGUGGUGGUGUGGUUUGGUAGUGACUGCAGGAAUGCUGUCAGACAGAAACCAGACAGAUCCUCCUCCUCUCUGAGACUGAGGGAAAGUCACUUCAUAGCUCCAUCUCAGGAUGCAGGAAGAGGCAGAAGUGACUGAUGAAGGCAGCUGAAGAUAACAGUAGGCUCUCUUGUCUUAAAACUAUGUUAAGGUCAUCGUCUAUUACACAUAAAACUAACAAGUUACUACACUUGGUGCACUGAGUUAAUCAUAAUCUCUGUGCUAACUGUCAAAUGGUUCUGUUCUCUUAUCUCAUAGAAGCUUAUAUUCAGUGACACCUGUGCUGUCUGUGCUGUAUAUGUAGACUCUGUCAGCACACAGCAACACGCUUGAUCUCCAAGCCUGUGUUGAUUACUGUGGUUUCCAUGAGCUGCAGAUAUUUUUAGUAAAGAGGUAUAGUCUGUCUGCUAAAGAGAGAAGCAAAAACAUCAGGGUAGUUCUAAAUGUUUCAAAGAAAUGCAGAACUAAAUUUAAUAGAAAGCCAUGCUUCAUUUCCUUUUUUGGAAAAGCAGAACAGCAAAUCCACCUGGACAAUGAUAAUAUUAGGAAAUAAAAAACAAGAAACAGAGCAGGUAAGAGUGCUUCAGGUGAGGUCGCAGACUAAACUUCACCUUGGUAUACCCUUGGUUUUUUAGUGUGCUCUAUGAAUAAAGUUUAUUAUUAUUAUUAUUAUUAUUAUUAUUAUUAUUAUUAUUAUUAUAAAACAUGCUGAAGGUGGGACACAUGACGUCCACUCAGUCGCCAUGAAUUCACGGUGGGAGUUACCCUCUCUGGAAUACAUCGGAAGUCACACAGACUUUGAACUAGGGACGUGGUGGUUAGAGGAGACUGUUGAUGUGUAGAAACAGCUUCAGUGAUAAAUACAAUUAGAACCAUAGUGUGUGGAACCACAGUUAUGGUGUCAGAGAGGAAUCCCCCUUCUCAAGUGUUUUUUGUGCAGUGAAGCCGUUAAAAAGCAGCAAGUGUACAGCGGAUCAUAUUUCCUGUACUGUUUUUGCAAAAGGCUCUGCUUUCUUCUUCAAAAGGUUGCUUUCAGGAAAUUCUGUCCUGUUGUCCUCCCAGUAAACCACCACUGCAAAAAAUGCUGGAAUCAUCUGAUAGAGUAGGUUGAUAAUUAAACAGCAGCACCACUCAGUGUGACCUCAGGUCCUCGAGUACGUGGUUGAUACGAUUAGUGAUUUAAACCAUACCCAGUAACCUGUGAGUCAGUUUCUUUUUUAAAAGAGACAACCCAGAUGCAAUUUGUUCUUUAAACAGUCAUAAAUUCUUUGGGAUUUACAUUGACAAUUAAAUAUCAAAUGCUUUUACAAUUAAACCUGUCCCAACCAAUGAUGUCCUUAUUGACUUGAUCAGUCUUUUAAUAUUUUGUAUCUCCUCAAAGAGUCACAUCCAGUACUUACUUUAGAUUUAUCAAAAUGUUUUAACACUGACGUGCAUGUUUAGCUCUGAUACUGACAGCGUAGUUGCCACAGUAAUAAUUAUGACGCGUUUUCACCGUCUGUUUAAAACACUUCUCAGGUUUUUGGCUAUACUGACACGAUAACAUCACACAGUUGCUUACUUGUCGGCACCAAAUCCACGAUACAAAUCUCUUAACUCUUAAAUAACCUUGUUUUUUUCCACUCCUUAUUCUGAUGCUCAGUUUAAGCUUAAACAAGGCCAUCUUUACCAUGUCUAACAUACCCGAAAGAUUGAGUUGCUGCCGUGUGAUUGGCUGAUUAGAUGUCUGUGUUAAGAGGUGUACCUAAGGCCAUGUCCACACUAAUAUGUUUUGGUUUGAAAACGCAUCAUUUUGGCCUUCCGUCCACACUGAGACGGUGUUUUCAGUCAGGGAAAACGGAGCGUUUUGAAGACGCUCUCCAAAGCAGAUUCAUUUGAAAACUCUAUUUUCGCGGCGCAGUGUGGACAGAGAACCCGGAGCCUUUUCGAAAACGAUGACAUAUUUUAGUCAUGUGAUGGAGUCAUGUGACCAAUUAAACUAAGAUAGCGGAGGGCAUUACACAGCAGUUGUUUUGUUUGCUCUCAAUUUUGACAGCUCUAUUAAAGAUUUAAUAUCAGUGUGUACAUGCUCCAGAUAGUUUUUCUUCAAGUUCUUUAAUUCACGCUCGCUUUUGCAACUUUGUACUUUUGUGUUACUCGCACCAACAACUCCACCUCAUUGUUGGUCCAUUUAAAAAAAACUCUGUGCUUUUCCUCGACAUUUUGCAGCAACGUUUCAAAGAGCUGGAAAGUAAAUAAACAGCAGACAGAAAUGAGGCAGGUCGAAUUGUAUUGUGUUUCACGCAUGUGCAGUACUGGAAUGUAAGCGUUUUCACCUGUUUCAGUGUGGAUGAGCAGCUCUAUGAAAACGAUAGUGUGGACGCGGAGCGUUUUCAGACGUAUACGCCGUUUUCAAAUAUAUGUGGGCUAGUGUAGACAUAGCUUAAUAGUGACCAAUGAAGUGUAUGUAAACAGCUAACAGUGGUUUAUUUUACAGUCUUACUGUAUUUAUUUGUGGUUCAGUGACUGAGCCGGCACACGUCCGUCUUUUUCAACACUUCCAUGGUUCAGUUUCACACGUUCACUUUGCAUUCACACACAUCCACACAUUUCCCACCUCCUCAGUACAAUCACAGUCUGCUGCUCCUGACCACUGCCUCAGCAGCUCCACUGGAGCUCCACUUUUAGCCCCGGACGGUCUCUUUACCUAUUAUGGAUUUGAAUUUUUGCUGUUAUUCAUUUUCUCCUGCCUCUAUACUGGAUUCUCUUCAGAAUCUCUUUGAGCACAGACUCAUGGGAAAAUUAAAAAGAAAAAAAAAUGUUUCAGUAACAUGGACCUCCUGAGGUUUGCACCAAUUCAAUUCAGUUUUAUUUAUGUUUUAUUUAUAUAAUACAAAUCACAACAACAGUUGCCUCAAGGUGCUUUAUAUUGUAAGGUAAAGACCCUGCAAUAGUAGACAGAAACCUCUGCAUUAAACACGUGUCUGUGUAAAAAGAUUGUUUUUAUACUGAUUCUUAAUGCAGCCGAUUACACAGACUUUGUAAUUUCACUGGACAAAUUUCUUUCUUUCUUUUCUUUUUUGGGCAGUUCAGCAAUGUGCUCGCUGUGUGGCCUUUACUUUUACAAAUCCGUCCAGUUUAUAUAUUUAUAUUUUUUGUGCCUUAUCUGUCUCUAUUGCCCUCUUCAUUGUCCCUCGAUAACACCCAGUGGAAAAAGGUCAGCACAGAUACAGUCAAAUCACACUGAUUUUGAAAGUCAAUCCACAGUCAGAAGUAUCCAUGUCCUCCUGUUUUCGCUCUUUGAUGAUGAUUAUGAUGGAUCCAUAUACUGGCUCCAAGCUCACACAUUAACUUUAAAGCACACACAGAAGUCCGGGUGUGAACCCGUGUGCGCGCCCUGACACGUCUGUGCUGCAAGUGUCGGUUAUAUGUGCAGGCAUGAUGUGAAACUAGGGCUUUGCAGAUUUUAAUUUAUUAUGAAUGUCAGCACAACGACAGUAUUAAUUGAAUGUAUCAAUGGGCUCAACCUGCGAUGUGAUCAAGCUGUUCUGUGCCGGGAACACAUUUUAAUGUUACCAUUCUGUUCCCAGCCCUGAUCGCCUCCUUCAUACGCUUGACAAGCAUUAGCCAGUUAGCACAAGUACUGGCUUUAAAGGAAAUUUCAACAAUUAAGCUUGCUAUUUAGACCCAUCAGUCAGUGACUCCUGUUUCAUUCAGAUGUCACUCUUGCACCACAUUUUGUGAAAAAUGGUUUGGGCAAGUAUGUGAGCCUCAUGUUUGCUGUUAGCUUGUAAAGACUAAAGACCAUUUGCAAGUCCCUGAGCAUCCACGUGUGUCUGCGUAACAUAACAUGCGUAACAUUUCAUAAUCAGAAGGUAGGCUUAAGGGUCUUAACGUCUGCAUGCCUGCUUGUUUUUUUUUUUUUUUAAAUGAUUGCAUGAACUUGUCUGCAGAGACUUUUCAUUACGUUGCACCCCAGGCAGUGUAAGUAGAACAGGAAUAACAGCUCGGCCAUCGUGCCUUUAGCAGUCCCUGUCCGCAACACAGUAUAAUUAAGACUUAUUGUGACAGUUUUAGUGACUUGACACAGUUUUGCUUAACUGUUGACUGUGGCUGUUUUUACACAUUGUACAUACUGAAUGAGUCUUAAUGUAGAUGGAAUCCACUGAAUGAAAUUAAAAAAAAAAGCUUUAAAUUGUUAGUUUACAUAGACUUUAAGGAAUGGUUCAGCACUUUGUGAUUUGUCAGCAUUACCUGAUUGAAAGAACACAUCAAAGAGGUUUCAGACCAGCUUUACUGUCUGCAUUGGUGUAUAGAGCACACUGAUGACACUCGUGUGCCCUUUGGUUCACCGUGAGCUGGUGUCUACAUGCAAACAUACAGCUGCGUUGAGUUUGGAGAGAACCUGGACGGUCUCAUUUAUUUCCCAGGAUUUGGAUCCAUCUGAUCACAAGACGACUGCACCAACCUCUGAGCCUCCCUCCACUCCCAUAUAUGUCCACUUAAACCAAGUGAAAGAACAAGGAUUAAGUUUGUCUCUUCCACUUGUCUGUUUUGAACUUUACACUAUAAACAGCAGGCCCUCUGUGACGAAUACCAAAAGCCCAGUGUUAAGGCACCAACCAGUAAAAUUGAGUUAAUACAUGAAAUCAGUCAUUGAAGACAAACAGAGCCAGCGUCAGAUGAUCAUAAUGCAUUUGUGGCCUCCAGGUGGCGAACACAAGGACUGACAUUUGUUGGCCCCGCUCCUUGUGUGUGUGUGUGUGUGUGUGUGUGUGUGUGUGUGUGUGUGUUUAAUUACUGACAGGCACUUCUACCUCUAAUCUCUCUGCAGUAUAUAACUGCCAGGAAGAGGUGUGCUGGGCAACUAUGCUGUAUUUUAUUAACUGGCUUACAGAGUUCACACCAUGACUCAAACCAUUUGGGAGUGUUUUAGACCAGCAUUCAGAGAAAGAACUUGGGCAUAUAUAUUAUACAUUUGUAUACAUUUCUAGUGUUUUAAAGAUUAUUCUGUCUUUUUAUGUUGUAGUUUUUGAUUGUUUUAGUUGCCUUGAAGACAUGUCUCCUAUUUGUUUGAAGCUUGAGUUUGAAAUUCCUGCUACUUGAUUUUUCAUGAUUUUCUCUUCUUUUCACAUCCUUCGUGUAGUCUUGUGGGGUGCGUAUUUUAUGAUUCAUUUCCUACGUUUCUUGUUUAUUUCUAUAAGCUCUCUAUAUUUACUUCCUGCCUUGAGGUGUACAUGUGUGUAGCAGAGGUGGGCGUUAAUCUGGUCUAGUGUAUUCGGACUUUAGAGGUUUAGCAGACUGCAAAAGCACAUCAUCAGGAUGCACAAAUCAUAUCGUAUUCCCUCUCCAUUUCCUUCUCCUGCUUCUUUUUGUGGGUCAGUCGCAGGCACAGGUCAGACUUGAGCCAGAAGUGACAAGCAGGGUCUUGAUGAGGCACGGUGGAUUACAUAAAUCCAGUCGUUGGCAGCAGGCUCAUUCCUGGAUAUUUAGAGGAAGACAAGUAAGACACUGUCUCCUCAAGGGAAUCCUGGGGAGGAGGGGAAAGGAUGACGCACACUGCCAGGAAUUUUCACAAUAAACCCGGUGAAUGACACCACCCCGUCUUCUGCAGGUAUACACAUUUCUCGGUAUUGUAAUGAUCAACAGGAUCACGAGAAUGUGUGCACCUUGUGCACCGUGUACACCAGGGUGCACAUUCGAUAUGAAUAAAAAUAAAAAUGUCAUAUUUUUACAUUUUUAAAAAGAUCCCCUGUUCGAUCCCGAGAGGAGACGCAUAUUCCUUUGGGUUUUGCUUCAAGAAUGGCAUCCGCUGUAAAAAUGCCAGAUCAAACAUGCGGAGAUACCCGCUGUGACGGCCCCUUGUGAAUAAGGAAGCAGCUGAAUGUAGCUGCUUCUUCAGAUUUUCACAUAGCAAAAUGUUAAAAAUAAAAAUCAACGCCUCCCUUCAAGCUGUAUAGUUAAUUGACGAUGUAGUUUGGCGUAUCUUUGUGUAGAACAAAUAACUGAGCGUCUGUGUUCAGGGUGUAUGCUAUAUUUACCAAAUUAAACAAAUGUAUACUGGAAAAACUCAGUAACAGUAAUGUUGUGUUUGACGUGUACAAACAUGCCAUUCUUCACCUUGUGUGCUAACAUUGUUGGCUUUUUGAUGUCUGAAAAUAAUAACUUGUUAUUGACAUUAAGUCUAAUAAUUAGUAGAACAAUCUUUGGGUAUAUAUGCUAUAUCAUAAAUGAUUUUAGCUUAUUAGUUAACAAACAGUAACUGCCAAAUGUGACUGGGUGAACUAUACACUCAAAACCGUGCAAGCUGAAUAAAGUGUAACUGAAGAAGCCUGCAUAGGCUCAGUGUCCUGAUUUGGAAUGGGUGCAUGUGCAGUUACAGCUUGUACUCUGUAGACAGUGGAGGUCGUUGGUUUUAUUCUUUUAAUUAGCAAAACAUCCCAAAAAAGACUGAGAAUGAUGCUGCUUUCGGCUCCUCAGCUUCCACUUGGCAGACUGCCCUUUAGCAAGGAGCUAAAUCUUCCCAAACAAGACUGCAUUUGUACUACACAUCUCCCAGGCUGGGCUGCAUAACUGUGAAUGCGAAGCAAAAAUGUAAAAAAUGACGACCCAGCCGGGUUCUUCUGAAUCAAUAGAGUUUAAAUAGAAAGCCAACUGCUCCCUCCUCUAAAAGAUUGAAAUGAAAAUUGGAAACGGUACACGGCUCGUGCUCUCUGCAGACCUCUGGGGACUUUAAGAGUUUCAGCUUGCUGCUACUUGUGCUUGUGCGUAGUAAAAGUUUUCUCCAACGUGAUAAACAUUCACAAGAGGAAGGCAGAAAAAAAUUGCCAGCACGAUCCCCACUUACUGUCAGAGUUGGCAUAGCAACAAAAUCAUCCCUUUAGCUGGAUGCAUCCAGCGUGCAAGUUACACAGUUAAAGGAUACUGCUGUGACAUUGUAAAUAUGCACAGAAUUAUAUAAUCUAAUUUACAUUCCUGUUACAGUUGGCUACAUUCAUUUAAGGAGGCAGGAUGAAUAAGCAGAGGCAGAAAAUGGUGAUCAGCCUGGUGGGUCACCUGCAGGAAGGCAUAAGAGUCCUCUAAUGUUAUGUUGUUGGGGAAAGGAGCUAGUUAGAGACGCUGAAACUUUAAUACAUUCACCUUUUCCUGAGAGCUAAAAUGACUAAGGAUGUCCUGAUUCAUGAAUUGAUAUUUACUGUGCUGACUGCCUUCAAUCCAUCGGCAGAUAAGAUUGAGAUUUAAACGAACCAGUGACUGAUUUUUAUGUCUUUUGUCUCAUCAGUUUUAUUCUGGUUAAGUGAUUAUUUUCAGUCAGUCUGAGCACAAAAAGGACCUUUCACCUGCUAUUUUAACACUUGCCUGUGCCUGUUGAGCUUAGUCCAUGAAGUAGAAUUACUACAGCAGAUCUGAAGCCCUCUAACUGCUGUGUGGAGAGAAUUCCUUUAGGAUUCAGGAUUCCUUUCCCACUCCUGCACGUUGUCCUUUUCCUCUUCCCAGCUCUCGUGUAGGUGCUUUCCUCUCAUGCCACGCUGAUGUCUUAUAGUCAGCUCCUUCCAAUUACAGCUGCUGUAGUAGAAAUAGGAAAAACUAUAACAAUAGAAGCCUUUUAAUGGCUAUAUCUGGUUUUGACAGCAACCGCAGGCUAACGUGGGCUAUAUUCUCCUGUGGUUGAACGUGUCCUUGACAUUUUCAACCCAAAUUAGGUUCCCCUCAUGUCUUAAGCUCAUGUCCACUUGGCGUAGGAGGACUGAUCUGUCUCUGACCUAUCCUUGGACAGCAGUCUUUAAAGGAAAAAAAAUAAAUAAAAAGAGAGAAAAAAUUAAAAGGAGAUGUAGAAUUCUGCACAACCCUCCAGUAGCUCUCUUUGUGGCUGCCUCUGUUCUCUAUUCGGCCAAUGAAUCCCACCAACGUGCUGCCUCGUCCCCCACCACUCACGUCCUCUCCUCAGAAGAAACCCGAGCUGCGAGGUGUCUCUUUACAUUUUUUUUUUCAGCCCGACUCGGUACAGACGAGCCACAACAAGAGCACGGGUCCCCCAAAACUUCUGUUGUCCACAUGUUCGACUCAGACCAGCUCACAUAGUGACGUCCAUGACUGCCGGUUUCUGCUGUUGGUUCCUAAUAGGGAGAGGAAACCUGAUUAAACGUGCCGGCGGCGGAGCAGCCGGAGCUGUUCCUGAAGAAGCUGCAGCAGUGCUGUACUGUCUUUGACUUCAUGGACACGCUGUCAGACCUCAAGAUGAAGGAGUACAAGCGCUCCACGCUCAACGAGCUGGUGGACUACGUGACCGUAAGCCGGGGCUACCUGACAGAACAGGCCUACCCCGAGGUUGUGAAAAUGGUGUCUCACAACAUAUUCCGGACCCUUCCGCCCAGUGACAGUAACGAGUUUGACCCUGAAGAGGAUGAGCCCACACUUGAGGCCUCCUGGCCACACUUACAGUUGGUAUACGAGUUCUUCAUUCGGUUCUUGGAGAGUCAGGAAUUCCAGCCCAGCAUUGCCAAAAAGUACAUAGACCAGAAGUUUGUCCUACAGCUCUUGGAGUUGUUUGACAGCGAGGACCCUCGGGAGAGAGACUAUCUGAAGACAGUCUUGCAUAGAAUCUACGGCAAAUUCCUGGGGCUGAGGGCUUUUAUACGAAAACAGAUCAAUAAUAUUUUUCUACGUUUUGUUUAUGAGACGGAGCACUUCAACGGGGUGGCUGAGUUGCUGGAGAUCCUGGGGAGUAUAAUCAAUGGUUUUGCUCUGCCACUGAAAGCAGAGCAUAAACAGUUUCUGGUCAAAGUGUUGAUUCCCCUCCACACUGUCAGGAGUCUGUCCCUCUUCCAUGCACAGUUGGCGUAUUGCAUUGUACAAUUCCUAGAGAAAGACCCAACAUUAACAGAACCAGUCAUCAGAGGCUUACUGAAGUUCUGGCCAAAAACCUGCAGUCAAAAAGAGGUGAUGUUUCUAGGGGAGCUGGAGGAGAUUCUGGACGUCAUCGAACCCACACAGUUCGUCAAGAUCCAGGAGCCGCUUUUCAAACAGAUCUCCAGAUGUGUCUCCAGCCCACAUUUCCAGGUUGCAGAGCGAGCUCUUUACUACUGGAACAACGAGUACAUCAUGAGUUUGAUUGAGGAGAACUCCAGCGUCAUCCUGCCCAUCAUGUUUGCCAGCCUCUACAGGAUCUCCAAAGAGCACUGGAACCCGGCAAUCGUGGCGCUGGUAUACAACGUACUGAAGGCCUUCAUGGAGAUGAACAGUACCUUAUUUGAUGAACUCACAGCCACUUACAAGUCGGACCGCCAGCGUGAGAAGAAGAAGGAGAAGGAACGGGAGGAGCUGUGGAAGAAGCUGGAGGACCUGGAGCUGAAGCGGGGCCUUAGGAGCGACGGAAUCAUCCCAACUUAACAAAGACAGCGCCGCGCUCCCCUCUGUCCCUCCCCUGUCCUACUGCUCCUCUCCUCCUCCUCUCCCCGUCCGACUCCCCGCUCCUCCUCUGCCCUGAUCCCGACUCUCCUGCCCUCGACAUUAGCCAUGUCUGCCCAGAGCUCCUGAUACAGGCUGUCGUCUCUGGAUCGACACAGAGCGCUCGCUGGUUUCUUAAUUUUCUUUCUUUCUUUUUUUUCUUAUGCUUUUUUUUUUUUCCUCCUGUGUUUGUGCGACUUACUUUACAGUAGAUUCAUUACGUCUGUUUUCAUUAUUUCAACAGCACUGUAAAUAAUUGUUUUUUUUUCUUUUUUUCUCCCUUAAACUGAUAUUAUUGCAAAUGGAAAAACAAAACAGUAAUAAUAAUAAUAAAAAAGGAAGAAAAAAAUAGAAAAUGAGAAAAUCACUUGUGUGGGAGGGGAAUUUAAACAAGAAAAAAAACUUUUUGGACUGUAGGACAUGGAAUGAACCCUUGGAAAAUAUUAAAAAAAAACAAAAAAAAGAGAGGUUAGAUUGAUUUUAACUCUUCACCCCAGUCUUCUUCAGUGUAGUCCCAUAUGUCAUUUUUAUUUUCUUGGUUCUCCUCUUUGCUUUUCCUCUUGUUGCCUCCAUCUUUCUGUUCCCUCUCGGUCUUACCAGGCCCCAAGUGAACCAAUCACAGUCGCCCCAUUCCAUCCAAAGGACACCCCUAAUCUCCCUGGCCUCACCAACCUGUCUGCAAAUUCUGCUUCCUGUUUAAAACAGGCAAUGAAUCGAACAAACAAACACACAUUAAUCGGACAACAGGGCCUUUCACAGUGCACACAAACACACCACUGACUCUUUAAAUGUGUUUACAUGUGUGUCCAUGCAAAUCAGGAGAGUACAUAACUACAUAAAUCCUGACUAAAACUGUCAAACUUGGGAUUUGAAAUGCUGAAAAUUGAGCAGUAAGUGUAGGGUUCUUUUUUCCCCCCUUUACUUUGGCGCCCUCUGGUGGUAGUGCCAAUACAGAUGAUGUUAAAAACAACAACAACAAAAAGGCUCAAAACAAACUUUAACCGUGUGCAGUCAUAAAUGUUCCACACAGCAAUAACUGAAAUGGUGAUGGGGGCUUUGUGCAAACUUUCUCCUGGUGCUUUUGUUUCACCUGUCCCGUGAGACGAGUGUCUCUUUUGAGUCUUUUAUAGUUAUUCAGCAUCUCAUUUUAUUAACUUCCCUGGCAAUGUGGCUGGUUGCCCGAUGUUAUAACAGAAAGAGAUUAACACAUACAAACCAGAAACAAUUUGAAUCCAGAACCAUCUGCAUGUAAACACACUCCUAUUCAUUUCCCCCUCUCCAAAAAAAAAAAGGCUACCUUCCAUUAGCUGAUUACGUUCCUUCUCUGUUUUUGACCCCGUCCCUCCUGCCAUACCAGGUAUCGCUGGUAUCAGUCUGGCACUGGUACUGUCUGGCCAUAACGGGGGACUCACAGCUAACGACAGACACACAACACACACACAUGAUAACGGGUCCUCAAAGGAGCGCCAAAAAAGAAAAGUACACCUCGUGUGAAAAGACGAGCGCC